AUGGCAGAUCCGCUUUCACGUCUCUCGUCUAUGCUUAACUCGGCGCGCGAUCUCACGUUGGAGGCCGCCGUUUCCGCUUCCUCACGCCUCACAGAGACCCCGGCAGCCCAUCGGCCGCAGCACAUUGCCAAGCUACUUCGCUCGCGCAUUGACGCUGAAGUUCUCAGCGGAAUGAAGUGUGUGCUUGGGCUCAUGGCCCGAGGCGAAGACGCUACACCUUAUUUUGCAGACGUGGUGAAAAACGUUACGCUGGACAAUGCACGUGUACGGGCACUGGUACUGGUGUACCUUCAGAAGUACGCGGAGGCCGAGCCUGACACGGCGCUCCUAUCGAUCAAUUCGGUGCAGAAAAGACUCGGCGACAAGGCUCCUGUAGCGCGGGCUGCAGCCAUCCGUACGCUUGGAGGCAUCCGGAUCCCGGAAAUUGCAUCUUUGGUUGUGCUCUGUAUUCGGCGCGCUGCGGGCGACCUGGCGCCUGAAGUUCGCGCGGGCGCGGCGCUCGCUAUUGGAAAAGCCUGGCGUGUGGCGGGCGCGGACCGCAAACAGCUUGCGCGCCUUUUAUCGGCGCUGCUCGACGACCUGGCGCCGCAGGUGGUGGCGGCGGCGCUCAAGGUGUUUCGGCAUGUGCAGCGGGACCUUGCCGCCAAAAGCGCAUGGGCGCCGCUCCACCGCAAUUUCCGCCGCUACACGCGGAUCUUGAGCCAGCUUGACGAAUGGGCCCAGGGCGACCUUGUAGAUAUGUUGGCAGCGUAUGGCCGGCGCUUCUUGCCCCGUCCACUGCUUUCUCACGAUGGCACCACCAUAUUGCUUCCAGAAGCAUGGACAGACUUGCCUGAGCUGGCGCGAUUGGCAGACGGCUGGGCACUCGACUCGGACCUCACGUUGUUUCUCGAGUCGCUCGCACCUUUGGCAUAUGCGAGGCUGCCUGCCCUCGUGUUGAGCGCGGUUCGUGCCAUUGUUUCAGUGGGGACUCCCGCCCACCUUGUAUCGCAGGGCUUUGACCGUGUCCUUGUGAAAAUGGCAUGCGGCACUGGAAUGCUGCGCACCUGCGCUUUGCAGGCGGUUCAGGCUCUUUCCGCGGCGGUCCCGGAGCUUUUCCGCCCCAGUGCAUGCAAAUUUUUUGUGUCGCCGGGCGACGACGCUGAUGUUGCCACGGCCAAACUCGAGGUUUUGCUGGCUUUGGGCGGCGCCAACGUGAUUCGCGAGUUACAGCACUGCGCCGUCGAUGGCUCGCCCCAAGUGGCGCGUGGCGCCGUGCGCGCUUUGGGCGUGGCAGCUUUGGCAGACCCUACUUCGGGCGACCGUGUGUUGCGGUGGUGUUUGCGCGAAGUGCAGCGCGCGCCCGCCCGCGACGUGCUCACGGUGGUGCGGCUUUUGCUUCAGCGCGAACACUCGCAGCGCUCGGUGCGCGCAGUGUACCGUCUCGCGCAAUUGGUGACCUCAGCGCUUGACGAAGAUGCCCGUGCUUCGAUCGUGUGGAUGGUGGGCGAGUUCACGCUGGCCGCCGACAACACCAUCGCUCCAGACGUUUUGCGGCGCAUGCUUCCUGAAUUUGCUCUGCAGCCACGGCGUGUGCGUCUAGAACUUCUUAUGCUUGCAGCCAAAUGCUAUGUGUAUGAGCUCCAGCGCCGCGAAGAGGAACACCGCAGUGAUCGGUUUUCGCGCGUGCAAGCAAUGUUCCUUCACACCAUGCACUUGGCGCGCUAUGACACCGCCUUCGACACGCGAGACCGGGCGCGCAUGCUCACUGCAUUGAUGGAUGCGCCGGGCCACGAGCUCGCGGCUUUGUUUCUACAAGCGCCUAAACCCGCGCCGCAUGCGUCCUCCCAGCAGCUGUGGGCAUUUUUCGCAUGUGAGCCUUGGGCAGACCAGAGCACGCUACCAUCUUCGAGCGUGCGGGCCGAGCGUGAGAAGCCACAGACGCACGCUUCGAGCACGCACUUUUCGAGUGCUCAGGCGAAACAAACUGGCGUUAACGCCCCCGCACUUCAGGCGCUGAAACCCACCGCACGGGGCAAACUUCAGAGCCUCGACGAGUUCUUCGGAGAUCUGGACGACGAGUCCGAGUCUGCCGCAGAUUCUCAGUUGGAGUCUGAGUCCGAGGAGGAGUUGGAUUCUGGACUCGUCACGUCGGAAAGCGAAUCAGAAAGCGAAUCAGAAAGUGAAUCAGAAAGCGAAUCAGAAAGCGACGCGGAAAGCGAGUCCGAAAGCGAAGGAGGCGGAUCGGAAGCUGAACCGGAAAGUGACCCCGAGGACGAAUCAGGCGCAUCAGGGUCUGACGACAAGCCGACAUUUGCGCUGCACACCGCUGCAGACCGCCAGAACAAACUUUCGAAACAUGCACUCUCAUCAGUAGACUACGAUAGCGAUGGGUCUGGCCGAAGCACUGAAGGGUUAGUGCGCUAG